AUGAAGCGGUCAAAAUCAUUUUUUAUCGCGAAAAUUGUGUGCCUCGUGGCAGUUUUAUUCAUAAUAUCAGUAGAACCUUUCACAACAUUCGUACAUGAAGAAUCAACAUCAUAUCCUUCACUACCUCGAGUAUGGAGAAAUGCAGUUUAUGAUGACGGAACCACAGUUUUUCACAUAAUUCGUAGAGAUACCAGCAUCAAGUUACACGAUAAAGUUUGCUUAAUACAAAAAUUAAUGUUACGUAUCCUUUAUCCUAACGGGACGUUAACCGAAUUGGACAUGGAAUUAAACAUUCCUUCUUUCAAUUUUUGUAUUUUCUCCGCAAAAUCACGCAACUUUGAUCCAAUAAAGAUGCAUGCAUUAAAACCCGGUUAUUUGCUACUACAAUAUUAUAACGCUACCGAUGCGUCAAGAUUUGAAACUUGGGAAGAAUGGGGAAUGGUCAUUGAUUGGCAAGGACAAACUUAUGAGCCAACGUUUUUGGGAUUAUCUUUUAUAGAUGCAAUCACCAGAGCUGUGGUUCCAGGAGAGAAUAAAGAGCUCAUCAAACUAUCUGGAGGAGUUAUCACUCUUCCAAUUUUCAAUGGUGUGAAAGUCUCGACAAUCGCAACCGUUGAUGAAGGCUACGCUAUCGUAUUUGCUAAUUCAUCCGAUAUCGUUGAUAACGCUGACCCUUUACUACCUCGAGGUGGACUGUUUGUUCUUUCAUUAGCAUAUGGACAAAAUACAAUCUAUUCCCCAUCCCUCUUAUAUCAAUUUUCAUUGCCCAACUUAUUAUUUGAUGCGCUCCAGUGUGGUAUCACAUAUGUCAGUGUCGGUCAUAUGUGCACAUUUACCGUACAACAAAAUCUCGGAGACCCAACCAACCUAACAAAGUCUGAUUUAUAUUAUUUUAAAAUUACUUUCCUGUCCUCCGGAUCUGUCACGAGCUUUAUAUCAAUGUCUCGUAUAUUACCAAACAUUGUAAAUGUUGAUGUAAAUUCGUGGCAAAUUAGGUAUUUACCAUACGGGGGAUAUUUUUUAAAUUCCAAUAUAGUUAGAUCAAAUACACAACAAAAAGUUCACUUAAUGGUUGCUUAUGUCUUUGAUGAAAAUGAUACGAAUGGAACCCCUAUGGAAUUAAAUGAAUUCUCCUCCAUUAAUAUCGCGGGAAUUACCGGAAUUUUACCUAAUAAUACGUUAUACAUUGCUCAACAAGAAGUAAAGGAUACUUGGUCCUUAAUAUUCAUCGACCUUCCAAGAUUCAAUGGAAACAAAGAUCAUGGUUAUUCUAACGUACAUAUUGAUAUUACGGAUCCACCAAUUAGGUCAACGAUAUCAUCAUCUUUAAAACAAAUUUCCAUCACUUAUUUCGAUGCAGUGGAUCUUUCGGAUGGUAGAGCUUCUAUUUACCAAAUAAAUUAUGACGGGCAGGAAGUUCUUAAACAAUUUGUCUCUGAGACUAGCGAAGUUAAGAUUGCAGGUUCCAUAUCAGGAGUAUUACGUUUAACGGUCGAGGGAACAACUUAUAUUGAUCAACUUGAUACGGAAGGACAGACCCAAUUCUUUAAUAAUCUAGUGAAUGAAAUUUCCACAAUGUUAAAAAUACCUCCUUCACGUCUGAAAUCCAACGGUCGAUUCCAAGUAGAUUUCACCAUUUCACCGGAAAAGCAAUAUUUAAUAUCAUUGAACAUUAUUCAAACAAAAGAUAAAGCUGAAACGAGCGUUGAAUCAAUUAUUAAAGAUUUAAAUACAAUGAUCUUAAAUAAAGAAGUAUCACCAAUUUCAUUGGGCAGAACAACUCAAUUUUUAGAUGCUAAUUAUGGGUUACCAACAACGC